CCAGCUCCAUGCUCCAGGUCUUAUAAAUACUGGCCCUUCUCACCUGACACAGCUCCCUCCAUCCCAUGCACCUCCAACUUUGACAGCCACUUCCACUUACCUCUCUCCCCUCCUGUAGUAAGUACCACGGGUACUACGCUGUUAUGAGUAUACCAAGCCCCAGACUAAAGCUCUUCGGCUUCCACGUCUCCGAGGAGGAGCAUGAGCCGGGGCUGGAGACGGAGGCGGAGGCCGAGCCGGAGGAGACGCCGGCGUGCGGUAACGGUGGCGGCGGCGGAGGAGGAGGAGGGUCGGACUCGUCGUCCUCGUCUACCACCACGACGACGACGGCCACGGCGGCCGGCGACGGGCGGAGGUACGAGUGCCAGUAUUGCUGCCGCGAGUUCGCCAACUCGCAGGCGUUGGGCGGCCACCAGAACGCGCACAAGAAGGAGCGGCAGCAGCUCAAGCGCGCGCAGCUACAGGCCGCGGCCGCGGCCGUCGGCCGGGUCGCGGGUGGCGCCGCCACGCUCUACCCGCGCGCCAACCCGAUGGUGUCCGCCUUCGCGCCUCCGCCGCACCUCCUCGGCUGCGGCGGCGGCGGCGACGCGGGGCCCACGAGCUGGGUCUACUUCUCGCCGCGCGCCGCCGCCGUGGCCGGCGGGCCGCAGGGCCAGCAGUUCCACGUCUCCCACGGCUGCGCCUUCCCGUCCCGCGCCGCCCCUGCCGCCGUGACCGCCUCGCCAUCCGUGUUCUCGUACACCCCGGCCACCUCCACCGCUGCCUCGGCGCCUUACGUGACGACGGACGACCACAGCGGCCGGAGGGUCCACGCUAGCCCAGCUGCCACCCUGGCGAGAUACCACGGCAUGGCUGGCCCCGCGAUGGUGGUGGCCGAGCCGGUCGUCCCCGGGCCUGAGGAUGCCCUGGGGCUGGACCUCCAGCUCAGCCUUGCCCCCGCCGGCAUGUGACUUCGCUCGCCUACGUCGUCGUCGUCGUCCACCACACGCACGAUCGCGCGCGCGAGCUGCUGUCGCUUUGUUGCUGGGAUUUGGAGAUCGAGCUGCAUGUAAGCCACCUGCUGUAACACUGGGUUCUUGAUAUGCAUGAUCUGAGAUGGCCACUGCACU